ACCAAUGUGCUAGUUAUAAAACUGAUAAUUUAAACUUAAAACAUGUUGAAGUUCAAUUUUUACCCUCUAAUACAACAUCAAAGAUUCAAUCUUUGGAUGCUAAGAUUAUUAUGAAAGAAAAGAUCACUUAUGAAAUUUCUGAAAAUGAUAAGGUUAUUGAAGAACUUGUAGAAAUAUUCAAGGAUAAAUAUAAUUUAGAAUAUUCUGAUCCUGAUGAAGUAGAUGACAGUUUAGAAAUUUUUAUAGUUAUGUCUAAUAAAGCACUUAAAGAUUUAGAGACCAUUUACCUAUAUCUACUCCAACAUAAAAACAAUAAUAAAUAUUUAAA